GGCAGACAGACGGUAGUGAGCGUCGUCGUGAAGCCGAGUCGAGCCGAGUCGAGCCGAGCCGAGACGAGCCGUACCGAGAAGUACCGAACUGAGGGCGCAGGACGCUUGUUUAGUGACAAAUGCACGCACCGAAACGAGCAACUGUCAAACAGCUUUUCGGGUUAGGAUCGAUCGAAAAACGUAUAAAGCAUAAAACUGCAAUCCAAAUACACGUGGUGAUUCACGCAUCGACGAGAAUUGCUUGGAUUUCUCAAAUAUCCGAUCGUAUUAGAACAAGGAUGAAUAGCAUAAAGAGAGAAUGAUAAAAACCACCGAGAUGCAAGGAAAUGGUACAGAUGACACCGGAAUCGGUGAAUUGGUGAGUGGCAAGAAAGAGGUGCAGGAUAGAGGAAGGCAAAAAGAGUCGUAAUGAGAGGAUAUGUCGGAGGUUGAGUCUGAAGGUGAAAAAUCGAGUAACGAUCGAAAACGACACGGUAAUAGGUAGGGAAAUAAAGGGAGAGAAAAGAGAGAAGGAAGGAAAAAGGCUGGUGCUGUCCGAUAAGAGAAGGAUUGGAUAGUUGGAAGACACGAGAAUCGAGCAGAGAUUGUAAGCGGUGACAAGCGGUGACGAGCGGUGGCGCGCGGUGACGAGCGGUGGCGCGCGAAGCGGAACCGAGUCGAGCCGAGCGGAACCGAGCGGAGCCGAGCGCAAACUCGAGCGAGGCCGAAGCCGAAGCUGAAACCGUAGGCAAAAGCGAAGGAAGGUUCGGACUUGGGUUCGGCGCGGUAGCGCUGGUUAGCGAGCGGAUAAGCAGCCAGGCGGAUCGGCGGCGUAUCGCGAGCGAGUACGGCCGAGAACGUGCGCGCGCGUUUAGUAAUCGACUGCUGUUCUUUCGGCGAAGCAACUCGUAUCGAACUCGUUUCUUCCUGAGGCGGGUGCGCGUCUUCCCGGCUGGACGCGCGCGUGUACCGGCCGUGUAUGGACGGCGGCACGCGUGCACGAGUCGAGGAGGAAAAAGCCCUGGAUUCGUCUCGCCUGCGAUCCUCCGCUCGGCUCGGCUUCACGAGUUCCUCCUCGGCCGGCAACUCUCGUAUCGCCAGGCGUAAAAGGAAGAAGAGGAGACGACAGCAGCGACGAAAUAGCAACGUCGACGACGAGGACGAACUCGUCGUCGUCGGUGGCGGUGGCGGUGGCGGUGGCGACGGCGACGGUGACGGCGACGGCGACGGUGAUGAAGUAAGCACCGUCGAUGAAACUGUCGACACAAUCCUCGCGAUAAAGGAAGAACAACAGCAGUCGGCAGGGCAAGUGAUUUCCAGCGAGGAAACGACGAAGCAACCAAAAAAUCGGUUUUCGCACACCAACGAAUCUCAACGAAACGUAACCAGAGGAGGAAGCGGCUCGCGCGCGGCUGCCUCCUCCCUCAGCUCCGGCAACACGCUUCUCAACCGUCGAGCUGCCAGCAAGCGAUCGUCCAGGAGAUGCAACGCGAACGCGCGUAGGACCGCGAUGACGAUGGAUCUCCAGAGACUGAUCACUGAGGUACACGCUAGGCCCGCGAUCUGGGACCAGAAGAACGUCAACUAUCACAAUCGCGACGUCAUCCUGAAGAUGUGGCGAGAGAUCGCGAGGGCUUGCGAGGUCUCCACGGACGUCGCGAAAUCGAAAUGGAAACACUUAAGAGACAAUUUUCGCAACGAAUUAAAGAAAACUUAUCGAGGAAAAUGCGACGGUGGCGCCAACGAACACGACUCGAAAUGGGUUUGGUUCAAAAGCCUAUUUUUCCUGCGAGAUCAAAUGAAUUCGAGGGUGAUUGGAUGCACUCUUUCGCAAAAUUGUUCGGCAGCCCUUCGAUCGUCGCCGGAGGAGACACAGAUCGAGCCUCAGAUCGAUAUUUUAGAAGGUCACGAAGAAACGCAAUUCGACGAUCUAGACGGUGAUUCCUGUCAGUCUUUACUAUCGAACGACGAUGGCCUGCAUCAAGUCAUGCCCCCGCCCAAAAUGAACAAGAUCGGUAGGAAGCGAAGUUUGCUGGAUGCGAUGGACAAUAAUUAUUCGGAAGUGGAUCGGAAAAGAUUCGAAUCUCUGCAGAAAAGAUUGAGCGUAUCGCAGGAGGAAGAGGACGACACUUAUCACUUUCUCAUGAGCGUGCGAAAUCCUCUCAAGAGUUUACCGCUCGAUAGACAAAUGUUUAUCAGGCUAAAGAUUCAAGAGCUGGUUUACAACGAGAUCAAUUCGCAGAAUCAGCAGAAUCGAACAUACGAUGUCUCGCAGGACGUGAAACCUCCGAGAACAGGGAACGCUAGCGGGGCAAUUGGAAGCGGGGUCGGGCUGGCAGGUGGCGAUGCAGGUCUCGACGAAUCCGUUGCGAGUGCCGAUACAAAUGGAGCCGGUGGUGGCGACGGAGGUGGUGGCGGUGUUGGAGGUGGGUUAGGGGGAGGGCAGACCGUUAACGAUAUGUCUAACCACCCUGUGUCGUUACUUCAGAACUGCACGACAGAGGGCUCCAGCGACGAUACCUUCUUCGGUUAA